GCGUUCCGUAUUCUUGCUGGUUGCACGUUAUACGGUUGCGAUGCCAGUUCGUUCGCGCACGAACGUGCGCAUGCUCUUGAUCGAAGAUCUUGCCGUGCACAAGGCAAUAUACAGCGGGCAACAGUGACUCUGUGUGUAUGUACGUGUCUUUCAUCGCGGAAGAAGUUCCAGUUCAACCGACUUGAAUCUCGAGCUCUUGCAUCUGUACCUCGUGCAUACACGUCCUGCUACUUUUAUGUUCUUUACCUUUGAAUCGGCAUGACCGUGUAGAAUAAAUGUAAGAUCCUCCGCAAAGUUUACUAUAGGUAGAGUUAAUAUAUUUUCAUUUAAAGUUUAACUUUAGGUAGUUAGGGAGGUACAUUUGAACUCCAAUUAGAACAAAGUUGAAUUUCAGCCAGCAAUUGGCAACGGAAAUUUACGAUCCUCCUUCGGUAGCUCUUUAGUCGCAUUUCGGGAAUUCUCUUAACGACAAAGAAAGGCAUAAAAUGCCUGGAUGGAAUAUCGGUCCUGAAAGCGUAUUACGGUUUUACGUAGAUUUCAAUUAAGAUUAUUCGUGUUUACUCGGUGGGUAGAAAACGCGUAACCGAAGAGGUCUGCUUAGAACCGCGGUGGACCACCUACUAUUUUCGGGGAAUGUUAAUUGGUCGUUUCACGAAUUAUAAAACACCGAGGGUAAAGGACUUCGCUACCACGCUUGCUAUCGCUUCCAUUAACAUACCUGUGUGUUCGUUGUGUCGUUGUCGUUGCACGCUAGCGACGCUUAACUUUAACGACGCAAAAAGAUACUAAUUACAGCAAGCUGCGGGCAUUUCUUCUACACCGACCAGACCGUAGCCCACUUUCCUUAUUUUCCGUAUUUCGUUUAGCCUGGCCGUGGAUAGCAAUUACGACAACUUAGACUAAUUAUUGUCCUCUAUUUACCCGCCGAUGGAAAUUGCAAUGUUCGUUUGCCAGUAUUCCUCUGGUGUUGAGAAAUAAAUUUCCAGGGUAAUGAUACAUAAUAGGAUACGAUUAUAAACGUACAAAAUAAAAGCGAGUAGUGGAUAACCUUUAUAGGUAGACAUACUAUACAACCUUUAACCUGUUAUCGUAAUAAUACUUUGCAACUGUAUCAGUGGAUAAAAUGUCACGUACCGUGCACAACUUAAUCGUUUUUCUGUCCUUCACGAUUUUACAAAGCGUGGCACGUGACAGUCGCAAGACCACGAGCGGCGACCUUGUAGUUCCUGUCACGGUCUUUCAUAAAAGUCUGCGCGCGCUUCAGCUUGUCUUAUUGUACUUUGGGGGUCGUAUAAUGGCGUUGUGGUUAAAUUUCUCGUUCCUCCUUUUUCUUCUCGUACCAAUCACCGAUACGUCUACCGUAUGUGGUUGUGAUCGACCUUCGACGUUACCCUCUUGUUCGAAAGUAUCUCUUUCGUUCCCUUUGGAAAUUUUCUUUUCGGUUAAUUUCAUAAUCCCAAGCGGUUUCUCCAGCAAUUUUCAAUUUCGUUUUAUCGACUGUGACCGACCGGUGAAAAAAGUAGGAGUAAUUUCGGCUAAACGGUGGGAUAAGUUAUCGACCCGGUUGUAGAUCGUAUUUUGUUUCGUUUCCGCGCAUGCGCGACGGCGCCAUUAUUAUUCGGAGGGAAAAUAGUUAUUACGCGUUCUCGACGAAGAAGCGAAAGAAAAGUGGAACGUUUAAGAAUAAUCAAGGUGCGAGGAAAAAGAAGGACGAAUGAUGGAAACUGACCGGUAAUGUUGUCACCCGGACAAGAGGGCCAGCCUAACAGUUACUCGCACGGUAAUGUCGUUCUUCAAGGUGCACCCUGUGGUCAGUGUCGAGAUUUAUGCCCAGCAGGAUACGUGCCUCACUUUUGGAGGAAAGUGUGCAGAAGCUGCAGGUGUCCCAGGGAGGAGCAUCAGCGGACUUCGACGGAGGCGGGCGGUCCCUCGGGACUCGGCCUCGGUCCUGGUCCGCCGAUGGCCAUGGCUAUGGCUUUUCCAAGCGGGGCCGCCGGUUCUUCUCACCAAGAACCCUUCAAAAGUCCCAUGCAAGCGGCUCCACCAGGGCUCGCGCUUCAGGAGGCCCUGAUGCAUCAUCAGAGGCACUCGCAGAGCGACGAUGACAGCGGAUGCGCGCUCGAGGAGUACACGUGGGUGCCACCCGGUCUCAGGCCGGACCAGGUACACCUGUACUUCAGCGCGCUACCGGAAGACAAGAUCCCGUACGCGGGCAGCGCUGGCGAACGGGAGCGGGUAAAGCAGCUGCUGCAACAACUACCGCCGCACGACAACGAGGCGAGGUACUGCAGCGGACUUACCGAGGAGGAGAAGCGAGAACUUAGGGUGUUCGCGGCGCAGCGGAAACGCGAAGCGUUGGGUCGGGGACACGCGAGCCAACUAGACAGGCCUCACGGAGCUGGAUGCCGCGAAUGCAGCAGGCCGAUUGCCGCAGGUGAAAUGGCAGUGGCCGCCAGUCGGGCUGGUCCAUCCGCCCUCUGGCAUCCGGCCUGCUUUGUCUGCUGCGUCUGCAGGCAGCUACUCGUCGACCUGAUAUACUUCUGGAGGGACGGUAGGCUCUAUUGCGGCAGACAUCACGCGGAAACUCUGAAGCCUCGAUGCUGCGCGUGCGACGAGAUCAUACUGGCUGACGAGUGCACGGAGGCCGAAGGCAGGGCAUGGCACAUGAGGCACUUUGCCUGUCUCGAGUGCGAUCGACAGCUCGGAGGUCAAAGGUAUGUGAUGAGGGAAGGCAGACCUUACUGUCUUCGAUGUUUCGAUGCCUCCUUUGCCGAGUACUGCGACAGCUGUGGGGAACCGAUCGGUGUCGAUCAAGGGCAAAUGUCGCACGAGGGUCAGCACUGGCACGCGACCGAGACUUGCUUUUGCUGCGCCACUUGCCGCACCUCCCUUCUUGGACGGCCGUUCCUGCCACGAAGAGGUGCCAUUUACUGCAGCAUAGCCUGUAGCAAGGGAGAACCGCCGACAACGCCGAGCGAUUCUUCCGCUGGACCGCCACCACCACCGCCUUCCUUUCUACGGACCGGUCGAAGACAACCUCCAACCAGCGAAGGUUCCUCGAGUCCACCGCCUCCUCCGCCACCUCCCCCACCGCCAGGAUCAAGGCAUACCCUAGGUUCACCACGCAACUCGCCUCGAAUGACAAGAAAACAUCAUCAAACGUCGACAUCCUUAGCGACGACACCCACUCAGAGCACACUGAGUCCUGAAUUUACCGCCGAAGGGUUCCCUUCGAGCGGCUCUAGACCCAGUGGUCUCGACCGGGUGCUUCUUGAGAGGAAUCUCGAGAGACUACUCCAAGAACGUACUUCUCACCCCGAGGAAAAUCGCAGCGAACUGGGAAGGCUGAUGCAAGCCAGGGAUCGAGAGCCGUUAAGGUGCGUUCAGAACUGCGCUCCAUCUCAUGCGUCGAGUAUGCCGGAGCUGCCUCCACCUCCUCGGCCGUCCUCCGGGGCGUCGGCCUCGGCGUCGACGUCCACAUCGACCGGUGUUGUUGGUGUUAUGUCCGGCGGAGCCUUGGCUCAAGAAUCGGCCACGUUGCCGACGAACCUUAUCAUCGGCCAAAUGGAUCCCCCAACGCCGACGUCGCGGCGCGUACGGUUUCAAGGGGAUCUAGACGUGACCGAUCAUAACGCGUCGUCGCGUGUACCCCUCUCCCCUGGCAACGAAAGGAAUUCGUCGUCCUCGCCCUCUCCGCCCCCCGCAUCCUUGUCGAGGACGAAUGUGUCUCGAUCGAGGAGCUUACAGCCGGAGGAAGUCGCCAGCACGUCUGCCUGGGGUGUAGCAGGAAGUUCGAAAUCGAGAAUGGACGGAGAAGACGACGACGUAGAGAGCUGCUGCUCCACCUGCAGUUCGUCCACCAGUUCCGACGAGGCGGCUGCGUAUGCCCUUCCCCCUAGAAGGGCCUACGGUGGGGUCCGGAUAUCCUACGUACCCAAUGACGCCGUAGCCUGCGCAAGAAAACGUACACCCACGUCGACGACCCCCAAUCAGGGGCAAAGGGACUCGGAAAAAUGUGUCGUGUCUUGAUGAUUCCCUCGACAGUCUCUUUGCUCCUGAGAGGAUCAGUUUUAUUUUGAACGACGUGAGAAACUUGUCGAGCUUCGAAUAUGUGCAGACAGCACAGACAAAUGAAAGACGAGAAAGCACAGAGUUCCUAGCCGGCGUAACCGGAGUUUUAACGACGUCUUCCGUGCUCGAGGCUCGACGUUGUUCACUGCAAGGACUGAAAAAUACAAUGUUGCUCGUGUAAAUAGUGAACGUAAUACUUCCGAAACGAUCGCUCGUGGAUACCGGACAAUCGCGACGAUCGCGCUUCUUUUUCUAUUUUUAUUACCCCCGUUGAUGUAUUCGAUAUUAACGACGAUGAUACCGUUAUAUUUUAUUACCAUUGCCAUUCCCGCUACGAGGUCUCGACGGCCUUGUUCUUUCGCAUUUCUUAAGGUAUUCAGAAUUUAUUCUGACGAGCAGCGUAGCGGGCUCUGCUCGACGAGGCAGACACAGUAUUUCCUGUGGCGCAGACGCGUCACGUUAACGCUGUAAGUACAAAUGACGAGCGUUCGAAUCGAUGUAGACAAUCUGAGAGAAGUAUUCGGGAAAUAAAGUGAGACGAAAUCGAUCGAAGUAGGCAUUCACCUACUUAUCCUUCACGUUCCUUCAGAAUUUCUAACCGAUAUUAUUUUUUUAUUUUUAUUUAGAGUCA